AUGUCAUUAAGAACUGCCAACGAAGCUGUGAUGCAAGUAACUUUUGAAAUUCUCCUUCCAAUGUCAUUUCAUGUCACGGAGCUUCAUCUUAUAGUUGAUGGAAUGAAGAAAAGUGGUGACAGAUGCUUUGGUUUUGUGGACCUUUUUGUUUUUGAAAGUGGGGAUGGCCCAUUGAUAUCAAAUGUUGUAUUAGAACUCAAAUAUAUUACAAUUACUGGCCUGUUAAGUGGAGCACAGGGAUUCUGGAUAAAGAACCCAGACACAAAAAUUAUGAACCUGUUGGAUAAAGAUCUUGAGAAUGAGAAUGAAGAGCAUUUGUUGCAAUAUAUAUCAAGACGAUUACAAAAGGGAUGGUGA